AUGCCGCAAUGUUGUAAUUGUGCCUGCGGUAGGCCGGGAUGCGUGCCUAUGAAGCGCGUGCGCUACGUCCAGCCUCCAAAACGGGAAUCAUGCAAACCAAUCGUAACGUACAAACCGCCAGAGGUGGAAUUUGGAGGUGAUUCCGUGUACAAAACGUCCUUUAAUACAGAUCCUCAGCUUGUUGUCAAUGCUCGCCCGCUGGCAAUCAAGCCACAAAGCCAUUUGGUGCCACAUCCCGGAAGUUUGGAAAAAACUACUGUCACAGCGCUCUCCUACCCUGGAUAUAACAAUGUAGACCGAGCACAACCGAUAGUUCCUACUGGUAAUCAGUUGAUACAGCCGGGACCUUUGCAGGAGGUAACCACUAGCCGGCAUGAUUAUGUGGCCAAAACGACACCAAAGCGUUACAAAAUUGUCCCGGCAAGCCAUAUGCACGUGCACAGUGCGCCGUUUGAGAAACAAACUAUGAACAAACUGUCGUACAGCUGUCCCAACAUGGCUGGCUUUGAACCGGCCCGGUCUUGCAAACCGUUGCGCGAGUACGAACGUCCCGAGAUUCCGAUGCAGUCUGAAACGACCACAAAGCUCAGCUAUGGUCCUAUCUGUCCACCGCCAAAAGACGAUGUACCGUGGGCGCGGCGAGCGUGCUACCAACCGCCAGACGUACCAAUGGAUAAUGAGACGACGUACAAAAAAAGCUACAUGCCCGGAUGUCCAAACGAACGCGUCAAGAUGGUACUGCCGUACAACAAUAUCUCCGUACCUGCCGGUUCGGGUUUCGAAUCGAAGACAGUCUACAAAGAGAGCUACCACAGUGCCACGUGCGGCGAGCGCCCGCCCCCGAUCCGACCAACGCCACAUCUGCGGGUGUCCAAUCAAAAACUCGAGGACGAUACAGUUUACAAGACGUCAUUUGCAACGUACUGCAACACGGAACGUCCGGCGCCAAUACUUCCGCGACCAGCACCACUUAUCGGAGAUGGUCCGAUGCAGGAGAUGACAACACAAAGGCAUGACUUUGUUUGCAAAGGACAAGCGAAGCGGGAUCCAAUAGUUCCCCAAGGAUCUCUUACGAUGCCAACCGGACGGGUAGAGAGUGCUACCGUCAAUCGUUUAACCUACACAAAUAACAAAGAAAACAUAAUUCCAACGAAAUCAUGUAAACCGAUUAUCACCUACAAGCGCCCGGAAGAACCAAUGGCGAGCGAUACGACGCAAAAGCUUAGCUAUAUGCCUGUUUGUCCACCACCCAAAGAGCAUUAUCCUUGGGCCCAACGGGCUCGCUAUCAACCCCCCAACCUACCUAUGGAUUCAGAGACAGUGCAGAAAUGCAGCUACCCCCCACCAGGAAAAUACAUCGAAGAACCCUGCUCCAGCACAACGGUAUGCUGCCAGUCUUGCAGCCCGGCAGCAGUGAACUGCUGUGCAAACGUGGCCACGGCAUGCAAUGGUGUCAGUUACCCGCGAGCAGCAAUUGUGAAGUAGUUCCAACGUCCAAUUCUAACUCUUCAGUGUUCGGUCUUGCAAUUCCGAUUUGAAAUGUAAUUCAGAUGUAUUUAUUUUAUUUAUUCACUUUGCGUCGAUAAGUUUAAAAAACCGAACGAAUUAUUUUUUUGAUAAUUAUAACCUGGUGAUUUGUACAAAAUUCAUAUCACGUACAGUUAAUCUUUUGUUAUCGAUAUUUACUGACAAAGCAAUAUACAGGGUAACAUUACUGAACCCCACUCAAAAUAAUUAAAUCUACCAGUCGAUAGACGUGUAUAUAGGUGACGACCUUUACUCAAUUGCAGCCCAAGUGACUGAGAUAUAUGGUCUAGGUGUCUAGGAUCAUCACCUAACAUCAGCUCAAAUUCAAGGGGAUUUCAACCUUUGCUAUUGGCUAUAGGUGGAACUCGAUGAACUAAAGAAACAA